ACUGAGACCUCAUCUGUUUCAUCUCCCCAGGGACGAGUCUGUGCUCCUUUGUGUGACCAGGGUUGGAAACAUCCCAACAACAUGUCCUGCCAGCAAAACCAGCAGCAGUGCCAGCCCCCUCCCAAGUGCCCACCCAAGUGCACCCCAAAAUGCCCACCCAAGUGCCCUCCCAAGUGCCCACCCAAGUGCCCACCCAAGUGCCCACCCAAGUGCCCUCCAAAGUGCCCACCACAGUGCCCAGCGCCAUGCCCUCCCCCGGUCCCUUCCUGCUGUGGCUCCAGCUCUGGCGGCUGCUGCAGCUCUGGGGAUGGCGGCUGCUGCCUGAGCCACCACAGGCCCCGUCUCUUCCACCACCGCCGCAGGCACCAGGCUCCUGACUGCUGUGAGUGUGAGCCCAGCGGGGGCUCUGGCUGCUGCCACGGCUCUGGGGGCUGCUGCUGAGCUGGGCCUUCAGAAGCUUUUGGAGGAAUCCAUUAGUCUAGAACCUCGUGCAGCCUAAUGCUCUCCCCUUUCCAUUCCCUGUCCUAUAAAGCACAGAUCAAUAAGGAUCAUGAAGACUCACAGAGAUUCCUGUGAAGAACUUUGUACUUGAUUGCAUGCCCUACACAUUCAGCCCUACUAUAUAUCUUGUAUUCUUCUUUUAUUUCAUAUUUUAAUAAAGCUCAUUUUCUACUCUCAAAA